AUGGUGCAAUUCAAAGCCCCCCUCCUGUUCCAUAAUGUGGCUGUCGCACAUGCCGCCGUGGUCCAGGAUGACACUUACUUCUACGGCCAGAGUCCCCCAGUGUACCUACCCUACGCCCAAUAUGACGGACCCCGGGGAUUGAGGGCACGCACUUUCCAAAGCCCAAUAUCUGGUAUCCCAGAUGUCUCUGGAAGAAAAGAUCGCCUGGGAUUCCCGGGAAUGUGCGUUCAAGAUGGUCCCAAUGGGAUCAAAGGCGUGGAUCUUGUUAACGGCUAUCCAUCCGGUAUCCACGUUGGUGCGAGCUGGAAUAAAAGCCUCGCUUAUCACCAGGCAAAGGCCAUCGGGAAUGAAUUCAGGCGGAAGGGUGCGACUAUGGCCCUGGGCCCACCGGCUGUUGAUCAUCUUGGACGGAUUGCGCUGGGGAUCCGGGUGCCAGCACGGCAGGUCUAG